CGCCGUCGUCGCCGCCAUCGUCGGCGCGGCUCGCCUCAUUUGGUUCUACUCGGGGAGAAUCCACUGCCAUCCGCCACCAUGGUGAACUUCACGGUAGACCAGAUCCGGGCCAUUAUGGACAAGAAGGCCAACAUCCGGAACAUGUCCGUCAUCGCCCACGUGGACCACGGCAAGUCCACGCUGACGGACUCCCUGGUGUGCAAGGCUGGCAUCAUCGCCUCCGCCCGCGCCGGGGAGACGCGUUUCACCGACACCCGGAAGGACGAGCAGGAGCGGUGCAUCACCAUCAAGUCGACCGCCAUCUCGCUCUUCUACGAGCUCUCUGAGAACGACUUGAACUUCAUCAAGCAGAGCAAGGACGGCUCGGGCUUUCUCAUCAACCUCAUCGACUCUCCCGGGCACGUGGACUUCUCCUCGGAGGUGACGGCCGCCCUGCGUGUCACCGACGGCGCCCUGGUGGUGGUGGACUGCGUGUCGGGCGUGUGCGUGCAGACGGAGACGGUGCUGCGGCAGGCCAUCGCCGAGCGCAUCAAGCCGGUGCUGAUGAUGAACAAGAUGGACCGCGCCCUGCUGGAGCUGCAGCUGGAGCCGGAGGGGCUGUACCGCACCUGCCAGCGCAUCGUGGAGAACGUGAACGUCAUCAUCUCCACCUACGGCGAGGGCGAGGGCGGCCCCAUGGGCAACAUCAUGAUCGACCCCGUUCUGGGUACCGUGGGCUUUGGCUCUGGCCUCCACGGGUGGGCGUUCACCCUGAAGCAGUUCGCGGAGAUGUACGUGGCCAAGUUUGCCGCCAAGGGCGAGGGUCAGCUGGGGCCGGCCGAGCGGGCCAAGAAAGUGGAGGACAUGAUGAAGAAGCUGUGGGGCGACAGGUACUUUGACCCCACCAACGGCAAGUUCAGCAAGUCAGCCACCAGCCCUGACGGGAAGAAGCUGCCUCGGACGUUCUGCCAGCUCAUCCUGGACCCCAUCUUCAAGGUGUUUGAUGCGAUCAUGAACUUCAAGAGAGAAGAGACAGCAAAGCUGAUCGAGAAGCUGGACAUCAAGCUGGAUAGUGAGGACAAGGACAAAGAAGGCAAACCCCUGCUGAAGGCCGUGAUGCGCCGCUGGCUGCCCGCUGGGGACGCGCUGCUGCAGAUGAUCACCAUCCACCUGCCCUCGCCCGUCACGGCCCAGAAGUAUCGCUGCGAGCUCCUGUACGAGGGGCCCCCGGACGACGAGGCAGCCAUGGGCAUUAAAAACUGUGACCCCAAAGGCCCCCUCAUGAUGUACAUUUCUAAAAUGGUGCCCACCUCUGACAAAGGGCGCUUCUACGCCUUCGGGCGGGUCUUCUCGGGGCUGGUGUCCACCGGCCUGAAGGUCCGCAUCAUGGGGCCCAACUACACGCCCGGGAAGAAGGAGGACCUCUACCUGAAGCCAAUCCAGAGAACAAUCCUGAUGAUGGGCCGCUACGUGGAGCCCAUCGAGGAUGUGCCUUGCGGGAACAUCGUGGGCCUGGUGGGUGUGGACCAGUUCCUGGUGAAGACAGGCACCAUCACCACCUUCGAGCACGCCCACAACAUGCGGGUCAUGAAGUUCAGCGUCAGCCCUGUCGUCAGGGUUGCCGUGGAGGCCAAGAACCCGGCCGACCUGCCCAAGCUGGUGGAGGGGCUGAAGCGGCUGGCCAAGUCCGACCCCAUGGUGCAGUGCAUCAUCGAGGAGUCAGGCGAGCACAUCAUCGCGGGCGCCGGCGAGCUGCACCUGGAGAUCUGCCUGAAGGACCUGGAGGAGGACCACGCCUGCAUCCCCAUCAAGAAAUCCGACCCGGUGGUGUCGUACCGCGAGACCGUGAGCGAGGAGUCCAAUGUGCUCUGCCUGUCCAAGUCCCCCAACAAGCACAACCGCCUGUACAUGAAGGCGCGGCCCUUCCCUGACGGCCUGGCCGAGGACAUCGACAAGGGCGAGGUGUCGGCUCGCCAGGAGCUCAAGCAGCGGGCGCGCUACCUGGCCGAGAAGUACGAGUGGGACGUGGCCGAGGCCCGCAAGAUCUGGUGCUUCGGGCCUGAUGGCGCCGGGCCCAACGUCCUCGCCGACAUCACCAAGGGCGUGCAGUACCUCAACGAGAUCAAGGACAGCGUGGUGGCCGGCUUCCAGUGGGCCACCAAGGAGGGCGCGCUGUGUGAGGAGAACAUGCGGGGCGUGCGCUUCGACGUGCACGACGUGACCCUGCACGCCGAUGCCAUCCACCGCGGGGGUGGCCAGAUCAUCCCCACGGCCAGGCGCUGCCUUUAUGCCAGUGUGCUCACGGCACAGCCGCGUCUCAUGGAGCCCAUCUACCUGGUGGAGAUCCAGUGUCCAGAGCAGGUGGUGGGUGGCAUCUACGGUGUCCUGAACAGAAAGCGGGGCCACGUCUUCGAGGAGUCCCAGGUGGCCGGCACCCCCAUGUUUGUCGUCAAGGCCUACUUGCCUGUCAACGAGUCCUUUGGCUUCACCGCCGAUCUGAGGUCCAACACGGGCGGCCAAGCCUUCCCCCAGUGUGUGUUCGACCACUGGCAGAUCCUUCCCGGAGACCCCUUUGACAACAGCAGCCGCCCCAGCCAGGUGGUGGCUGAUACCCGCAAACGCAAGGGCCUGAAGGAGGGCAUCCCCGCACUGGACAACUUCCUGGACAAAUUGUAGGCGCCCUUGGCGCUGCCGCCUGGGAACAUGGCGCCCGCCCCGGCUCGACCACAGCACCGCAUCCUCGCAUUCUCGGACGACGCUGCGAGACUGUCCCGACACCGCCAUCCCCACCUGGGGGCCUGGGCCACCGAGCGCCAGGGCCCACCUGGCACUCGGUGCCAUCGUUCGAUAUUUAUUUCCAGAUUCCAGAGGCCGCAGAAAUACCCUCUCUGCAGGGACUCCUUGGGCCGAGGGGAGGGGGAGGCGGGUGGGACACCCAGUUCUUUGCCAUUUCUUCAGCGGGAAACUCAGAUGUCCAAAAAGUUAAAAUAAAUGCAUCAAGAGGUUUAUUUGGGUACAUGGCCCGUGGUGGCUUUUGCCCCAGUAAGGGGAAGGAGCAAGCGGGCAGACCUUUCUAGAAGACAGGAAGCCAGUCCUGUGCUGGGUCACCAUCAGCACCUCCACUGUAUUCGUGCCAUUGGAAUAAUAAAUUCGGCAUGGUGGUGACCACA